GUCCCCCUCCUGCUGCCAUGCCGCCCCCGGGCCAGGUCCGGCUGCCGGACUGGGAUGCGCUGCGGCUCCGCGUCCGGACUCUGAUCGGCUCCCACCGGGUCGCGAUCUUCAGCAAGAGCUACUGCCCCUACUGCAACAAGGUGAAAGAACUUUUUCAUUCUAUGGGAGUAGACUACUAUGCUUUGGAACUUGAUUUAACUGAUGAUGGACCCAAUAUUCAGCAAGUAUUAGUAGAAGUGACUAGCCAGAGGACUGUGCCCAAUGUGUUUGUGAAUGGAGCACACAUAGGUGGAUAUGAUAAAACUUUUCAGGCUUACCAAAGUGGCUCACUGCAGAAAGUGCUAGGGAAUUGCAUAGAUGAUGCAGAAGUUUAUGAUUUCGAUCUUAUUGUUGUUGGUGGUGGCUCUGGCGGACUUGCAUGUUCCAAGGAAGCUGCUGCCUUAGGAAAAAAGGUCAUGGUGCUGGACUAUGUUGUACCAACACCUUCGGGUACUUCAUGGGGACUUGGUGGCACUUGUGUAAAUGUAGGUUGUAUUCCUAAGAAACUGAUGCAUCAAGCUGCGCUUCUGGGACAGGCACUUCAAGAUUCAAGGAAGUUUGGCUGGGAGUAUGAUGAGCAAGUUAAACACAACUGGGAGACCAUGGUAGAAGCAAUUCAGAACUACAUUGGCUCUUUAAAUUGGGGUUACAGGGUGUCCUUGAGAGAGAAGACUGUGACAUAUGUCAAUGCCUAUGCAGAAUUUAUCGAACCACACAAAAUAAAGGCAACCAACAGGAAAGGACAGGAAACCUUUCACACAGCACAGACAUUUGUCCUAGCAACAGGGGAAAGGCCCCGAUAUUUGGGUAUCCCUGGAGAUAAGGAAUACUGCAUUACUAGCGAUGAUCUCUUCUCCCUGCCUUACUGCCCUGGCAAAACUCUAAUUGUGGGUGCCUCCUAUGUGGCUCUGGAGUGUGCAGGAUUUCUUGCAGGCAUUGGUUUGGAUGUCACAGUUAUGGUGCGCUCCAUCCUUCUUCGAGGCUUUGACCAAGAAAUGGCAGAGAGAGCAGGUGCCUACAUGGAAACUCAUGGUGUUAAAUUCAUCAGGAAAUUUGUACCUACUCAGAUUGAAAGGUUGGAGGAAGGCAUGCCUGGAAGACUAAAAGUGGUAGCACAGUCUACUGAGGGACCAGAAAUGGUUGAAGGAGAAUAUAAUACUGUUUUGAUAGCUAUUGGUCGUGAUGCCUGUACCAGAAACAUUGGUUUAGAUAAGAUUGGUGUCAAAAUCAAUGAAAAGAAUGGAAAAAUACCUGUAACUGACGAGGAACAAACCAAUGUGCCUCAUGUUUAUGCUAUUGGAGAUAUCUUGGAUGGAAAACUUGAACUUACCCCAGUUGCAAUUCAGGCAGGCAGGCUUCUAGCUCGCAGGCUUUUUGGGGGUAGCUUUAUAAAGUGUGACUAUGUCAAUGUACCAACUACAGUGUUUACUCCUUUGGAGUAUGGAUGUUGUGGAUUACCUGAAGAGAGAGCCAUUGAAGAACAUGGAAAGGAAAACAUAGAGGUGUAUCACACUUUGUUUUGGCCUCUUGAAUGGACAGUACCCAGCAGAGACAACAAUACUUGCUAUGCAAAGAUAAUCUGCAAUAAGCAUGACAAUAACCGUGUGAUAGGAUUUCAUGUUCUUGGACCCAAUGCUGGAGAAAUUACCCAAGGUUUUGGUGCAGCAAUAAAAUGUGGUCUCACGAAAGAAUUACUUGAUGAAACAAUAGGUAUACAUCCAACAUGUGCAGAGGUGUUCACUACAAUGGAAAUUACAAAAUCUUCCGGAAAAGAUAUCACUCAGGCAGGCUGCUGAGGUUAAACCCUGCUGUUUUUAUCUGUUUCUUGUCAUGUACUCUUAUCUCUUUGGAAGGCUUAAGAAGUGUGAAAUACACUUGAGUAAAAUAAAUGAAAACAGCAGUAGCAUCAAAUCUAUUACAACUAGAAACGAUGCAUUUCUUAAGCUUCCUCAGUAGAUAAUGUUGGCAAUGGAAAGAAUACAACAGCAGGGGAAAUGCUAACUAUAAAUCCUGACUUGCUUGGAAGUGGCACGUAAGUGCUUUUUUGAAGUUUUGGCUCAGAACCCCAUUCUGAGGUGAGCUACGACUGAUGACUUAUCUUGCAAACUUAGGAAACCUCUUUGUCCGGUCAGAAAACUGAGCUUCCUUCUGAAGGAGCUUUUGAGUUGCAUAAAUAAUUUAAAGUUAACUCAUUAGGUUCC